GUAACCUGGUUGAUAAUCGAACUUCCCGUUUUAACUACUACUCUCAAUCACAGUCGAGCCCGUGGCCUAAACAACGUCUCCAUUUUCAGGUUUCGUGAGUACACUGUUGUCGAAGAUUGCUUGGCUGGCUUGACCGUCUUUUCUUGGUACUCUUUGUAUUCUUUUUCCCCAGGUAGCCCGACUUUACCGAACGCCUAUAAGGUGCAGAAAAGUCUCGAGAGUCGUAGUUUCUCGCAUCGAACGGUUGAGGCGGACACCAGUGUCCCAGCUGCCUUCCGCAUGGAAUGUUCCUUCAAGUCCCCCGAAGAGGACGCUGCCAGUUUUGUUGGCCCCAUGCCCAAGGUGACGCCUCCGGAGAAACUGGGCAGCAUCCUCAAAUUCGUGGACAACCUCAAUCCGUACGAAUAUGUCCGCCGUUUUUUUUUUUUAUUUCCAACCUUUUUCACAUUGGGAACUAACAUCCGCAAAUGGUGCGUCAGACGGCGAAGCAGCAUGGAAGCUGAAGGGGUGAUCGAGGGCAAGAGUCGUGAGCCUAUCGGUAAUUGCCGUUCGCCGGUUGGCCGAAACUAA